AUGACGACCCGGCAACCCCAGGCGGACCACGAGAAUAUGACGACCCCGCGAGACCCGGACGAUGAGAUGGACUACUCUACGGACCCUCCCCGUGAAGACUGCGCUACCGGCGCCCCGCAGCGGGUGCUUCAGCGCAAGCGAUCGGCUGUCACGUCAGCCAGUGAUGACCAACACACUUCUGGUACGAGUGACGCUGGCUUCAAGAAGCCGCCGCCUAAGAAGAGGGCGGCUCCACGACGGCGCACCCCUGUUGCCCCUGUACCUACUGCUAAUCCGUACGACGCCCUAGCGGAUGGCGCCGACUCUGAAGAUGCCGACGAGCCUCCACCGGCGACCGCCGACGAUGCUACACGUCGUUCCGGCCCUAAGCUGCCACCGAUUGUCAUCGACUACCCUGACGAUUACAUGACGCUUCGGGACUGGCUUCAGGCCAACCUGAAGAAUGCUUUUACCGCCAAACACUGCGGCGAAGACCGUCUGAAGCUGACUGUCGCCACCACUGAAGAUUACGUUGCUGUUAUGGACAUGGUUGGUGCACGUGGUAUACCGAACUACACCUUCCCCACCGUGCGUCCCAAAGUUCUCAAGGUUGCCAUGAGAGGCAUACCGCUGAAGAUGAAGGCAGACGCCUUUAAGGAUGGCCUUAUCACUAUGGGUUUCGCGCCUACUGCUACCACGCGAAUGAAGAUGCCUGCCAGCCGCCGCCAGCGUGGACUACCUCCCUUGCGGGAGACGUCCCGCUCCGAUAGUCGACAGCUGCGGCGCCGAGCUGCGCCACCGCCUGCUACUCCUUCGCGCCAACCCGCCCAGCGGCGCCUGCUUGCUGCUCGGGCAGACCUUGGCUACGCCGACGUCCUUCAGGGCCGGACGACGCCUCCUCCUGCCCCUGCUGUCCAGCCUCCGCGACGCCCUGACGACGGGCCUGCUCCUCCUGCUGCAGCUGAUGAUUUCAUCGCGGUCCUCAAAGAAGUUCAGGCCACCCUUGUGGCUGUCUCCGCCGCACUGGCCCAGCUGCCGGCCGCCAUCACUGCUGCAGUCCAUGCAGCCCUCCGAAGUUUCCCCACCGCCACGGCGUCCACAUCCACUGGCCAUGGCUCGCAACCUUAG